AUGAGUUGUUAUCCAUCCGAUGAAAAAUCAAGAAAAAUCAGAAAAAAUGACAGCGAAUAUGAAAUAGACACAAAUAAAUUGGAGUACAUAAGUUUCCUAUGUGAGGAAGAUGACAUUAAUUAUUUUUGUAGUUUCAAUGAGGAUGAGAAUGUAAAAAAUUUCAAAUUAAAAAAGGACAUUUUUGAAGAUUCCUACUUAAAACUACUAAUAGAAAAUGAGAAAAUUGAACAAGACGCACCCUCUUGUUAUUUUUUAUCAUAUUUGUAUAAUAACAUCUAUUUGUAUUAUUGUGAUAUACUUUUUCACAAUAAAAAUAAACAGGUACAUAGUAUAAGUCAUAUUGAAAGAGAUAUUAAUUUCUUUAAUUACGAAAAUGUGGAAACAAAGAAAAAAAAAAAAAUAAAUAAAUCUGAAGAGAUUAUUCAAAAUAAUAUAAGAAGAAACAAUAAAAAUUUAAUAUAUAUUAAAGGAGAUGAAGAAAAAUAUAUAAAUAAAAAAUAUAUUAAUGAUGUAAAUGAUCAAAAUAAUUUAUAUAAUUUGAAUGAACUAUAUAAAGUAGAUAAACUUUAUAAUAUUGAUAAAUUACAUUUUAUAACGUCACAUUAUUUAGCUUAUAAUAAAAUGCAAAAUUCAAUACUUCAAUUUUAUAUACCAAACUUCAAUAUGAAUAAAAUAUCAAAGUUUGAUAAACAUAUAAAAGGUUUAAACAAAACUUAUCAUCACUCUAUACACUAUAAUCUAGGUGCAAAUACAAUAUCUGAACAAUCACACGUUCUUCAGGUCGAUCAUGCUCCUUCUUGUAAAAAAAAAAAAUAUAUAUUUAAAUAUCAUAAUAAAAUAUAUUCAAAAAAAAUGAAAAGAAAUAAUUCUAAUAAGAAAAUGAAGUAUAAAAAGAAACAAAUAAAAUCAUCGUCAUUAAAUAUUUCCAAAUUGUUAUUUCCUUUUUUUGGUUACACAACUAGCGAAGAAAGUGUUAUGUCCUUUUCAAAAUUUUUACCUGAACAUAAAAUAGCUAGAAAAAAAAAAAAAAAAAAAAAAAAAAAAAGACAAAAAGAACAAAAAGAACAAAAAAAACAAAAAGAACAAAAAGAACAAAAAAAACAAAAAGAACAAAAAAAACAAAAAGAACAACAAACAAAUAACAUAAUAAACAACGAUGAUCAUCAUGAUAAACCAUACACAUACCAAUCAAAAGACAAAGAAGAAAUCAAACAUAAUAGUAUGCUUAUAUUCAAAGAAAUCAUAAACCUUUGUCAUGAAAAUAAAAUUUUUACUUUUAAAAAUAAAAUAAAACAUAAGCAAAAUGAUACCAAAAAAAAUCAUAGAGUUCUACAUCCUGAACGGUUCAUCCAUUCAACGGAUAAAGAUCAAUAUAUUAAAAUUGGGGAAAAACAUAAUGUAGAUAAUAAAGAAUCAUUUGAUAAUAAGCAAAAAUAUAUAAAAACUCAAAGAAAUUUAUCAACGCGCUCUUAUAUGAACACUUAUUAUAAGGAUGAUAUUAACAAUUCAGAAAAUUGUUUAUUAAAAAGAAAUAAAGUUCAAAAUGAACUAGAAAAAGAUCAUAUAUACACCUCACAAGGGUUACAUAAAAAAAGAAGUUUUAGUUCAUGCUCCGAUUAUGUAAAUAAACAAGAUGAAUAUGAAAAAAAGAAAAGGACAAAAAAACAAAAUGAAUUCAUAAUAAAUAAAAAUAUUAUUAUUAAAGGAAAGGAAGAUAUCAUCUCACAUUCUAUUGUUGACAUGAGAAAUAAAAUAAAAAAGAGAAAUUAUGAAGGAGGGGUAAAAAAUGAACUAAAAAAUGAAAGCAAAGAUAUAUAUGAUGAAUGUAAAGAAAAUCAAAAUAUAUACAAAGAAAAACAAAAUAUAUACAAAGAAAAUCAAAAUAUAUACAAAGAAAAUCAAAAUAUAUACAAAGAAAAUCAAAAUAUAUACAAAGAAAAACAAAAUAUAUACAAAGAAAAACAAAAUAUAUACAAAGAAAAACAAAAUGACAUUUUAACAAAAAAGAAGAAUAUCCAUUUUCUAAAUUUUAUGAAUAUAAAAAAAAAAAAGGAUGAUAACAUUUUAAAAAUGCAAAUACUUAAAGGAUUAAAUCAAACACAUUAUGAUCCUUUACAUUUGGAAAAAAUUGUUAAUUGUAAAAGUGGAGGUAUAAUAUAUAACCAUCAGACGAAAACAAAGGAAGAUGAAGAAAAAAAAAAAAAAAAAAAAAAAAAAAAAAAUUUAUAUAAAGAUGAACAAAAUUGUAUGGAAAUGACAAAUAUACAAACAUAUAAAAAUGAACUGAAAUCCAUAGUACAAAAAAUGAAUAAACAUUUUGUUUUUAAAAACAUGUCUGUUUUUAUGUUGAACUUUUGUUCUUUAUAUAUAAAUGGAGAAUAUGAGGAAAUUAUUCACCUAUAUAAAGAAGAAUAUUUUUAUAUAAAUUUUAAUAUCUUUUAUAUAUAUAUAAAAUCGUUAAUAAAAUUAAAGAAGUAUGAGCUCUGCUUAAAGUAUAUAUCUUAUAUAAAUGAUGAUAAUAUAGAUGGUAACAAUAUAAAUGGUAACAAUAUAAAUGGUAACAAUAUAAAUGGCGACAAUAUAAAUUUAUAUAAUAAAAUCAUUUUAACUUUCCUAAGUGCUUUAUGUUUUGAGAAAUUAAAUAAAUUAAAAUUGAGUAUAACAGAAUAUUGUAAGGUUGUGGUACAUCAAAUAGACAACAUUAUUAAAGAUGAAAAUAAGGAAUAUAAUAAACAUGAUAGUGAUGAUAAUAAUAAGAAUUAUAAAAAUAAAUAUAAUAACAUUUGUAAUUAUAAUUAUAAUUAUAAUUAUCAGUGUUUUCUUGAUCCUAUAAAAAUACAUCCAUUCAUUCUUAUAUGCCUAGAUAAAGUAAUAGGAACACAUCAAUUAAAAAUACAUGAAGAAAAUACAUUAAUAAAAUAUGUACAACUACAUUAUGACUUUAACAAACUCUUUCAUUUUUAUAUUUGUAAAGUACAUACAAUGGACAAUAUUCAAAAAUAUGAUAUAAAAGAAUAUAUGAACAUACAUAAUGACAUCACCUUUGAAUUUGUCAAAGAUCCGCGUAGUAGAAAGAAUAAUAUUUAUUCUAUACAGAUAAACGAUAAAAACUUGUUAUAUGGUAAUAAUAAAGCAAAGAAUCAAAACGAUUAUAAUAUCAAUAAUAAUAUAAGAAAAAUGAACAGAAAUGUGGAGAAAACCCAAAAUUGUUAUUAUAAUAGGAAAAGUGAAUUACGAGAUGGUUGCUAUGACCCUAAGAGGUUAAUGUAUCAUUUCCCCUUUUUUGAUGAAAAAAAAAAUAAAAAUAAAAAAAAAAAAAAAAAAGGGAAAAAUUUAUACAUAAACAUGAACAAUGUGUUAUAUUAUAUUAAUAACAAUGAGAAUCAAGAUGAUUAUGAUAUGCCCAAAUAUUUAUAUAGUGACAAUUAUUAUUUUGUUGAUGAUCAUAAGGAAAGUGACGAAGAAAUAAAUAGAAAAGACAUCAUAUUAUAUCUUCAAAAUAGGAAUGAAGAUAAAUAUACCGUAAAUCAUAAUAAUAUUUUAAACAAUAAUGAGUUUCAUUAUAAUUAUUUUUUAGCUCACUAUAUUGUUCCUCAAGGGGCUUGUAAUCAUUUUUGUCAUAAGUAUACAAUAAAAAAGAUAAAUCAUUUUAUUGAUACUGCAUAUACGAAUAAAAAUAUUUUAGGGACUAUAAAGAAACUUGGGGUAGAAUUAAAUAUAAUUUAUGAGAAAUGUUUACAGGAUUACGAGACAAGAGGAAAUAAUAAUAAAAGGAAUAUAUAUAAUAAUAAAUAUAUACAUGAUAAUAAAUAUAUACAUGAUAAUAAACAUAUAUAUGAUAAUAAUAAAUAUAUACAUGAUAAUAAACAUAUAUAUAAUAAUAAUAAACAUAUACAUGAUAAUAAUAAACAUAUAUAUAAUAAUAAUAAACAUAUACAUGAUAAUAAUAAACAUAUAUAUAAUAAUAAUAAACAUAUAUAUAAUAAUAAUAAACAUAUACAUAAUAAUUAUCAUCAUAUAGAUGAUGAUCAUCACAAUAAUUAUUUAUACAAAUUCGACCCCGUAACAUUGAUAGAUCUUUUGUGUAUUGCCUUUUACUGUUUGAAAAAUUAUGAUUAUAUAAAUUGUUAUUAUAUAAGCAAAUAUAUUACAAAAGAAAGAAAACAAUAUGAAAAUGACGAGGCCAUCUUGUUAUACAUUACAUCUAUAACAAAUUUAGGAAGUGUAUUCAAGAGUUCCCAGGAGAAAAUUAAAGAAAUCUUUCUUUUGUAUAAUGAACGAGUUAGUGAUAUUAUUUUUAGGAAGAAAAAGUAUUAUUAUAAAGAAGAAAAAUAUAGAUAUGAAAACGAUUAUAUAGAUUAUUACAUGUUUGGUAUCAUACAUUUUUUAAAUAACAAUUUUAAUAAAGCUCUAUUAUAUUUUGUAAAAUGCAUGCAAUUAAAAGGGAAUUUUUACAUGUGUUAUGUUUAUAUGUUAUAUAUUUUUUUAUCUUUCUUAACAAAGAAUAGGAAAAAAAAUUAUAAAAAAUUUAUUUUUUUUAAAUGUCUCAAAUUAAAGCCGCAUAAUAUAACACCGUAUCUAAUAUAUAGUUCGGUGGUGCUAGGGAUAUAUCAGCGAUAUAAAAAUGGGAUGAACGAUAACAUAAACAAGAACAAAAAUGUGGAUAAAGAUAAAAAUAUAAACAAAAAUAUAGAUAUACGUACAGAUAAUGGUAUAGAUAUAGAUGUAGAUAAAAAUAUAUACAUAUAUACAGAUGAGAUUGUUUAUAAUAACCCCUCUGGCAAAUCUAACAUAACCGUUUGUGUUGAGAAAAUACAUUUUUUAAGGGAUAUUCUUAGUAAAGCUUUAAAAAUAGAAAACGAUAACAUUUUUGUAUGUAACGAAUAUUUUCUUUAUAAUUUUUUAAGAAAGGAAUACUUACAGUGUGAGGUUUUUUUAAAAAAGAUAAUAUUCAUAUGUAAAACUAAAUUUUAUCCUAAUAAUAUAAAUGUUAUAUCUUCUAUCUUAUAUAACAUGUCUAUAUAUUAUUCUAUUUAUCAAAAGAAUAUAUAUGAGAGCGAGAAAUAUAUUAUCCUGUUAUUAGAAAAGAACCCUUUUGAUAUAAAGGCUUUACAUGUACUUAUUCAUAUAUUUUUUAUAAAAAAAAAUAAAAACUGGAUACCUUUAUUUGAUUAUUCUAUUUAUUUAGAACAUGUUUUAUUAUCUCUAGAUAAUGGCAUAUUAUUUUAUGAUACUCGAAAAAUGAUAAAUAAACAAAGAAGAAACACAUAUUUAUUUUACAAUUUCUUUAAUCAACUUGAAAAAACAAAACAUGGAUCCUCUUUAUACUUUACUUAUUAUAGCAAAAUAAAAAGGGUACGUAAAUUCGACACAUUCUUAAAAAAAUAUAUACAAGAAAGAAAGCACCAAGAGUAUGGAUUCGAGGUCGCGGGGGGUGGUUUCUUGUGUUCGGAACAAACAAAAUGA